AUGGGUCGCGGGGACAAGGGCGAUGAGGAGCUCCGAGCCAAGCUCGAGGAAACGCAGCGGCGCCUGGAGUCCACGUCGCGCGAGCUCGUCGCGGCGCUGGGUAAACUCCACGGCAGCGGGCCUGGCAGCCCCGUGCGAUCGAGGCACAGGAAACACGGAAGCGCCGAGAUGAUGGGGAUGUGCCCCUGCGGUCACAUCGGGGCGACGUGCAUGGAACAUGCGGCGACGAGCUUCUGGCGAUCAUUCGUGCUCGCGUACAUGGUGAGGGCGGGCGUGGCGGUGUUCACGCGCGGGUUGGGGCUGAUGCGAGGGAAAAGUCCGAGGGACGUGCUGAAGCUCGAAAAGCUAAUUGGCGAGAAUCACACGCACUACCGAGAGGAUGCGGUAAGACUGGGGCUCUUUCUUGGCGCGUUCACGGGCGGGUAUCACAUCGUGAGAUGUAACAUGUGCAACCGCCUCGGUUUCUCUCCCAAGAAGGCCGCGGCGGUCGCGGGCGCGAUGGGUGGGCUCUCGUCACUUUUCCUCAAGCGAAAGAAGCGCCGGACGUUUGCGCUCUACCUGAUGGCCCGGCUGGCGCAGGGCGCGUACGCGAGCCAGAAGAACAACAACAGGUUUCACUUCUGGGGCUCGCACUGGUCGCACGGGGACAUUCUGCUGUUCGCCAUGUCCUCGGCGCAGGUCAUGUACGCGUACGUCAUGCGACCCGACACCCUCGACGCGGGGUUCUGGAACUUCAUAGUGAGGGCGGGUCCGAUCGAUAAGGAGACCCUCGGGCUGAUCAAGGACCAGUGCAACGGUAAACACGUGGAUCUGAGACCGGCACUCGCGGCGCGAAGUGUGACCGGGGCGAUGGACGCGUUCGGACCCGUGGUGGGCGAGGAGGUCAGGUGCGUGCCGUGCCAGCUGAUGCACCGGAGUACGGGAUGCCCGGGUUGCACGUUGCACAUGGCCAUGUCCGCGAAGGAUACCUUCCGGAAGUGCUUUCCCUUCUACCUGUCCAUCCACCUCGUGCCGUUCGCGAUCCUCAACGCCGCGAAGGCGCUGAGGGAUCCUGUCGGUACCGUGUUCAAGGCGACGACUGCCACCGUCAGGUCGACGUCGUUCAUCUCAGCGUUUGUGGCGCUCUACAUGGGAACGGCGUGUGUGUCCCGGAGAAUCUUCCAACGAGACCACAGGGCGAUGUACUACUUCGCCGGAAUCGUCGCUGCGCAGUCCCUUCUUCUGGAGAAGAAGAGCAGGAGAGCCGAGCUGGCGCUCUACCUCAUGCCCCGAGCAUUUGACUCGUUUGCGAGCACCGUAAUUGACAAGAAGCUCCUACCUCGGGUGCCGCACGCCGAGCUCGCGCUCUUCUGCGUCACCGCGGGGGGACUGAUGCACCUGUAUGAGAAUGAGCCUGACACGCUCGCGGGGUUCAUGCGCUCGACGAUUCGAAGGUUCGUGCACAGGCCCAAUGCGCCGCUGCCGCAUAGCGCGAGUGAGGCCAUGAUUCAAGCCGUAGGGGAUGAGGACUCCGAUACCGAUAACGGCUCCCCCAAGACCAAGGCCAACGCUCCGUGAGGGGGCGUUUUUAUUAAGUGUAAGGGUUAUGAAUUUCGCUCUAAUCUAGUGCUAGCCUCACGUCACGGGAUCCGGUCGCGUGAGGACCCCGGCGUCGGUGAUGACGAUGGCUUGUGUUGGUUUGCUCCAGCU